UGUACUGUACUGCAGGCUUACUGCUGGUAUAAGUUAGUCUUACAAUCUAUACAGAAUCGCCUUACAUUUGAACAUUUCCGACUCUGGCGCGUCUAUUGACGUGACAUUGUCACGAUCUUGUAAAAGUUGUAGGCCUCAUCACUGGCAGUGGCGUGAUUUUGUGCCUGAAAUCCGGGGAUGGACAACAGGUCAGCCUAACUGCAGCAAAAACUUAGUGGCGUCCGUAGGCCUAGCAUUGCACUAAGUAUGGCAACAAAGAGGUGCAGACCGAGCGUGGUAGUCGUGGGGGCGGGGAUGGCAGGCCUUGCUGCCGCUGUCGAACUGACCGAGGCAGGCAUGUUUGAUGUGGUGGUCUUCGAAGCUUUGGAGCGUCCAGGCGGUCGCAUUCACACCUUUGUGAUGGAUAAAGAGAAACACUCAGGGCCUCGGCAGAUUGAACUCGGUGCCAACUGGAUACAUGGAGAAGAGGGUAAUCCAGUCUACCACUUUGCUCGGGAGAACGGACUCCUUAAGGAGGAAGACUCCUCAAAUGGUGAAAGUUCCAGUGACGACAGUAGCAGCACAUGCGCCGAAUCCAAUGACAAAAGAACAUGGAUAAACACCAACUCUGAUGGAGACAUCUACUUCCUUGAAGACGGCUCCGUUGCCUCUCGUUCAAUUGUUAAACAGGUUCGCAUGAUGUAUGACAACCUCAUCACGGCCUGCAGAGAUGAAAGUACCCAUGACGGCUGUGUCAGUGUGGGAGAGUACUUCGUGAGAGGAAUGGAGCAGUUGAUUUCAAAGGGAGACGUUAGUGCUGACGAGAGACACGUCCGUGAGCUUCUUUGGAAAUGGUGUCUGCGAGCCGAGUGCAUAGACUGCGCCUGCCAAAGUGCAUAUGACCUGUCGCUGAUUCAUUACAAUUCUUACAUCGACAUUCCCGGUGAUUACUACUGCUGUCUCGGUGAGAAGGGAUACCAAGGAGUCUUGGACGUGUUGCUUGGAAGGCUUCCCAAGGAUACGGUGAAAUUCAACAAGCCCGUCGAUCAGAUAGUCUGGAAACAAAAGUCGCCAACUGAUGAAGCAAGCUGCGGAAGGGAGCCUGUCAUAAUACGAGUGAAAGACCAUCCGGACAUAGUGGCUGAUCAUGUGAUUAUUACCUCAUCCAUCGGCUAUCUCAAAGAGAACCAUGCCAGGCUGUUCAGACCCGCUCUUCCGGAAGACAAACAGAAGGCCAUUGACACUCUGCACUUUGGGACAGUUAACAAAGUCUUUCUCAAGUUUGAGGAGCCUUUCUGGACACGCCUCAGUGAAGGAGAUGUUGAGGGGAUACAGUUUCUGUGGGAGAAGGACCCAUGGCAUGAUGAACCUCUAGUUACCGUGCAAACCAGUGACAGCAGCAAGGAAAACCUGAAAGACCUCCACGACCAAAUAAUGAGAAGAUUUACAGGUUUUGACACAGUGGAUGGCCAUGAUGACGUGCUGUGCGGUUGGAUUUCUGGUGCAGAAGCAGUAGAAAUGGAGAAGUUCACUGAUGCAGAUAUUGCCAAGAUGUGCACUGACAUCUUGAACAAGUUCCUGCCGACGGAAAUUCCCGCGCCAACUAAAGUGAUGGUGUCCCGCUGGCACGAAAAUCCGUACAUCAGAGGGUCGUACACUUCGACCCUUCCGAUGCAUGGGACGGGAGAGGAGUUUGAUGUGCUCUCUUCUCCAGUUUGGCAGGGCAGUCAGGCUGGAGAUGCCGGCAUGGCACAGUACCCAGUGUUGCUGUUUGCCGGUGAGGGUUGCCACAAGGAGUACAACUCAACUGUCCAUGCUGCAAUGAUUACAGGCCAACAACAAGCACAACGUCUCAUUCAGUUCCACCAGCUCAGUACCAAGCCUUCACAUCAGUAAAUGGACGCCUGAUUUCUGGAACUGCCCCCCUAUCAUUACAAGCACAUUUCCCUCUAGCAGUUAUAUUAUGUUGCCUUCCUGGGACCUGUUGUCAGACAGACGAGGGCCUGUCAUUUGUUAGCUUUCCUAUAGGGGCCUACAUAGUGUGUAUUGCUGCUUUUGGUUUGCUUUUCUGCUUUGCGUUCUGCAGUGUACUUGCCAGUCAUCUGCUACUCUUCUGCAUUAUGUUAUACACGUAGCAUUAGCCGUAGACCUACGAUUGCUGCUUUUAUAUUUUUUGUUCACAGCCUAAUCAGCUAAUGGCCGGCUCAUACUUGGCGCAAAAGCAAACGCAAACACAAAUUUGUGACAUCAGACUAAAUGGUUGCAUUGCAAAUUCGUAAAAGUCGAACAGACUUCAACUCGGGUGGAAUUUCAGUGCAGAUUGUGAUGUCAAAUUCACGUUGCUUACGCAUUCACCUGAAGUAUGAACUGGCCUUUGCUUUUAAAUAAUAUGUGCUGCCUGUUAUAUUUUAUCUGCUCCUGGCAUUUGCAAGGGAGCAGUACAGUCCUGAAUAAUUCGUGUGAUGUGGGUAGUGGCCAUGUGGCCUUGGACCUCUAAAAACAUCAAAAUUGAGAAAAAUAAUGCUGUUGUUGACACAUUAAUUAUAGUAAUGUUUGAAUUUGGUGUAGGUAUUGUUAUCCUGUAUACAACUCAUAGACACACAGUGUCAGAAAAUGAAUUUUGAGCAUUGAUAAAAUUGCUGAAGUUGUUCAAGUGGGCAUUCACAAAUAAUGUAAAAAUGUUAAGCUGCCUAAAAAAGAGAGAGGAAAGAAGUUGAUAUAUUUGGAAAGGAGGUGAUGAUUGGUGCUGGUAUUUCUGGAUUAAAUAUGAUUAAAAGCCAGUGAUUUCUUACUUUUGGGAAAAGAUUCUGUGUACCUGUAACGUUUGAUUUGCUACACAUUAGACUUUGAAUUAAAUCAUGCAUUUGUGUAAUUUUCGAUUCUAUGUGAAACUGUUAUAUCAGUUUGGUUUGGGAUGCACUCUUUCCUGCCGCUGUACCAUCGAACACAUGCAGACUUAUUAUCUUGUGCUAUGCAGUUCAGGUAUGAGUGUACGUGAAUUAAAGUAAGUUGCCAAGUUUAGCUUUUAAUGUAAACCUUGGAUACUCGGAUCCGCAAAUACAUUUGUAAGGCAAGUAUUUCAGAUAUGUAGUAUUGGGUUAUGGCUAAGUGAUAUGAAUUUUAGCAUUGUGGUGAAAUAAAUUAUAAUAUUCGAAUAACAAUUGAUUUUCUCUAUAUCUGAAAUAAUGAUUUAAUGUUAAAUUUUUAUAUAUUUUGAUGGUGUCAGGAACUUUUAAGUAUAGAUAUUUUACUAAGAGUGUGAAUAAUACAUUCUUGCCAUGAUGCAGUGAUGUGACGUUUUCCUUUGUUUACAAUAUAGUCGGUACUGGGCCAUAAAUUGCAUAUUAUAUCUUCUUUUUUCAAGAACAGAAUGCCAACAGUAUUGAUUGUCGUUAUAGAAAAUCGGCGUAAGAUGCUAUGUGUAAUUACAUUAUGUCAUAGUAUGUUUUUACCUAUACUGGUUCAUAAGUUUUCCCACAACUGAGGAUAUGAAUUAAAUUUACCAUUAUGUUUUGGUAAA